AUGCUACCUCCAGCAACCGAACCGAAGAUGAUAUUUCGCGUGUUUAGCUUUUUCUACUUUCUGUCCAGACCACUGCUGAAGUGGUUGCUGCAUCGGUUUACCAAUCUGUGCGAACUGCAGCGCAUCUGUUACGGUUGUCCACCGGGUGCGACACGCACGAAGAAGGUACAGAUGUCGCUGGAGCUGUCCCGCCGCUUGCCAAUCAAGAAAUUGCUACACAUCCUGAACGAGCUGGUCAGCAACGAUGUAGAGGAAACGUUUUUGCGCCGUGAAAUACAAACCCGAGCCGUCGGAACGGUGCUGCAGGUGAAGAAGAUCAACCCGAAGGUACACGUUGAUUUUCCACGAUCGUUCGGUUCGUGUGCGGAAAGAAUCUGGGGCUACAAGAGACUAUAUUAUAUGGUGGAGAAGUUGCGCGCCACACAGUACGACUGCGAGGAUCCAGAACACGAGGCAAAGCUCUUGAUGCUGUGGAAAUUGUUGGUUGGUGAUGAGAUGGUACUUACCGGGCGCAUCACCGAUCAGUGGCAGCAUAUAGGAUUUCAGGGUGACGAUCCGUCCACGGAUUUCCGCGGUAUGGGUGUGCUUGGGCUGGAUAAUUUGCUUUUCCUGGCACAAAACUACAAUGGCACCGCGCGUCAUCUACUGUCACACUCGCAUCAUCCAAAGCACGGUUACUUUUUCGCGAUCGUCGGUAUCAACCUAACGUCCAUGGCGUACCACCUGUUAAAGUCCGGUUCCGCACGUACACACUUUUACAACCACCCGCAGCAUCAUCUAACGGUGGAGACGUUCCACCAAUUCUACUGCUAUCUGUUUUACGAGUUUGAUCGGUACUGGGUCCAGUGUAAACCAAAGAACAUUAUGGACUUUAACCACAUCCAGCGACGAUUUGAGGAAAAUAUUCUCAAACUUCUUGCCAACGAUGGUUGCUGCUUCAAGAUGAACCUUUCGGUGGAGGACGUUUAA